CAUCAAACAUCAGACAAGGUGUUUAUGUUUGUAUGUUUUUUUUUUGUGUGGUGCAAGCACGAGAAGAAUUCAAAAAUAAAGUUGUUGUGUUGUUAUAGUUCAUUCACGGAUUUAUAUAACAAAGCAACGAUGGCCCUCGCAACCACAAGAGAACGGCGUAACAAUGCUGGCAACCGCAUGGCAAAGUUGCUGAAUGAGGAAGAGGAAGAUGAGUUCUACAAGACCACAUAUGGUGGAUUCAGUGAAAAUGAAAAUGAUGACGAUUAUCAAUCUGAAGAAGAAGCAGAGGAUGAAGUUGACUCAGAUUUCAGUAUUGAGGAAAAUGAUGAGCCUAUAUCUGAAAAUGAAGAUGACCAGCCUAAGAAGAAGAGGAGGCUGGUGACAAAGGCUUAUAAGGAACCACGUGUGGUCUUGCGAAAAGUAGACAAGCAGCCUCAAGAUGACAAGCCACCUACAGAAGAGAAAAAAGAGGAAAAAAAGCCAAGGAGGCGGCGGAGGCAGUUUAAAGAAAACCUAGAGAACUACGAAAGGAAGUCUAUCCGGCGUUCAACUUUAGCAAAAUCGGCAGCGACGUUACAGAGGAUGAAGGAUCGCGAUGAAGAGGGUCGAAGGCGGAAGCGUAAAGGUCCUCGAAGUUGGGAGUUCUACCAGCCGACGCAGGAGGAGCUGCUGGAAGAAGCCAAGAUCACAGAGGAGGAGAACCUCCUGUCACUGGAGAAGCACCAGAAAUUGGAACUCGAGAAGAAGAAGGCCCGUGCCGUUAAGAAGGCAUUUGUUGGACCGAUGAUUCGCUACCACUCUGUAACAAUGCCGCUGAUAAGGGUGAUACAACUGAAGCAAGAGAAUCCUGAAACUGUUAAUGAACAGAAUAGUUCCAGUGAAAAUGUCAAAACAAAAGAAGAUCCAGCUACACCAAAACAGGAUCCUCCAACAUCUCCUUUGGCCAUCCCUCUCACGAAGGUCAAAGAGGAGGUCGAUCCAGACAAGGCCGACAGUCAAGCGAAAGAUGACAAGAAAGAAGACAAGAAAGAUGACAAGAAAGAUGACAACGAAAUGGACAUCAUAGUCGAAACUCCAGAUGACAGCUCAGCAGACGAGUCUGGAAAAGAAAAAAAAUCUGUGCCAGAAAGACUCACCCAAGUCGAGGGGAAGUAUGAGAGGACGUUUAUCACUUUUUCAGACGAGCCUGUCUUCCAAAGCGUGUUCACCAGUAACAAGCCACGCCCUCAUCACAAGAACCUCUGUCCCAUAACCAGGCAACCGGCACGCUACUUUGAUCCCGUGACACAACUGCCGUUCGGGAACGUGCAGGCGUUCCGCAUCCUGCGUGAGGCCUACUACAGCCAGCUGGAGUCGCGGGCAGAGGCGGCAGCUGCCGCGACGGGACCGGACCGCAAGGAGCCCGAGCCGGAGCUGGCGCGCUGGCUGGCUUGGAGGCGGCGGUUGCGCGAGGCGCGAAACUCGCUGCUUGGCCGUACGGUGCGCACCGCCACCCAGAAUCAGCAGCAGGCUCAGGGACAGCAGCAGCUGGCAGGCGAGAGGACUGUGCCAGCACCGACAACAGGUGCACCAAAUAUUGCAGCGCUGUUGCAACAGAGCCAGCAGAAGCAGCAGCAACAACAACAACAACUACUAUUACUACAGCAGCAGCAGCAGCAACAGCAACAACAACAGCAGCAGCAGCAGCAGCAGCAGCAGCAGCAACAACAACAACAACAACAACAACAACAGAAACUACAGCAGCUGGUGCAGGUGGUGCAGCGCCCCAUGCAGCACACACAGCAGACGCAACACACACAGCAGCAUCAGCUGCAGCUGCAGCAGCAGCAGCAGCCGCAGCCGCAACAGCAGGCGGUGGCACAGCUGGCAGGGCAAAUUCCGGCACUGGCGUCAGUACCAGUGCUGCAGCAGGUUAUCACGAUCCCCACACAGCUGCAGAACCCCACCUAGGUCGCCAUCACGCUGCACCACGCUGUGUGGCGGACCGCCCGGGGCGGGGUUCCCGGCUCCUCCUCCUAGUCGUCCUCGGACAGUUCCAGAUCACUGUUGUCAUCUCGAAGUGUUUGCUGUAAUGAAUGUACUGCAAAUCUGCUACCGGUGCCACUAUCGCCGAUGUACUGGGACCGUAAGGUGUCUCAGUUUAGCUUUUGCAGAAUAUAUGUACUAACCGAUAUGUGGAAUAUUCAAACCUGACUGUCAUAAAAAUUGCCCUGUCAACUGAUUUUACCAGUAGCUAGAUGGAAGAGAGGUCACAGUUGCAAUUCAGCAGUUUAAGAGAAACUUUCAGCUUGGUCAGUUAAAUUCGACUGUGCCACCUUUUUUGGGCAUUAACUCCGAAUACUGUUGUUUCAGUUUAUUUAACUCCAAUAAAUUUAUGUACCUUGAAAGAGUACAUUGUACACUCUGAAUAAUAACAGUUGUAUUAGUUCAAGCAAUUUAUGUCAGCCUUCUUACAUUGGAUUUCUCUUUACUUUUACUGCGAUAAUUGUUAUCAUUUUGAAGAUCUGUUUGCAAAUAAUCUUUACACAAAAUCUUUUGGGAUUGUUCCCUCGCUGAUACACUGUGAUAUAAUCGUGACUUCCACACAGAAUAAGACAGAGUACACCGAGUCCUUGAAGUCUGUGAUGUACAGUCCCUGUAGUGUGCUUUUCUAACAAGCAGAAACAGGUUGGGUAGAAAACUUGCCACCCGGUAUGAUGCUCCUCCAAGAAUUAGACCCACUCACAGAGGAUUUAUAUUAACAAGUCUUUCAAAACACACAAACACAAUUGAAUCUCACUGGUAUAUAUAAAUACAAAAAUAUGUAAUCUGAUAGAUUAAAAAUCUACUCACCAAGCGGCGGCAGAACAUGCACGUAAAAGACUGUUGUAAUUGG